CAUAAUAAAAACAAAUCAUGUCAAGGAUGUAAUUAAAGUACGUAAUUAUCAAUUGUUUAAAUAAAUUAUUAAUAAAAAUAUAAUUUUUGUUUGAAAAUUUAAAUUGAUGACUGUAAUUAAUUGUUGAGCUGUCAAAAUGACAACAGAAAAUAAAGAAUUGUGUGAUUUAACUAAUGUCGUAUUGCAAGUGGGUGGAGAUAAACUAAAUCAAGAUAAUCAAUCACUAAAACGCCCAAAAAGAGUUUUACAUUUUUCUGAUGGUGAUCUAGUUGAAUAUUCUGAUGAUGAAACGGACUCCAGUUCUCCUGAUACUGAUAAAAAAAUCAUUGAUCUGAAAAAUAUCGGCUGGAUCCCGUGGACUUGGUACCAAACCUCGUGGAUCGGUUCCAAAGUACUCGAGAGCUGUGAUUACGUUGGCGAAGCACUGGCUGAUUUUCUAGGCAUCACGUCACCCAAGUAUAACUUUGAACUUGCUGAGUACCAUCGUCUUCAAAAGAUACAAAAUGAAGAAAAUAACAAAGACCUAGAGAUGCAGGGCUGGACUCAAAGUAAUACAGAAAAUCUUAUUGUUAAUGACAUUAAAACUUCCGGCAAUUAAUUUUAUUAUUAACAAAAAAAAAAAAUUACUUUAACAUUCAGUCAACAGUUUUACGAAAAUUACUCAGUUAUGAUCAACUAUUUACUUCUCUUAAAAAAACUAGUCUUAAAUUUAUUUUCCGAUUCAUGUCUCACAGAAACGGUAAAAAUUUUUUUUUAUAGAUUUCAAAAUGUUUAAAUUUUAUUUUUAAUGCUUAGUUAUAAAUAUUAUAUUUUAAAAUAACUAAGUAAAUUUGCACAAAAAUAUCAGUACUCAGCUCUUCCCACUCUUGAUUUUUUUCAAAACGACAAAUGAUAAAAAAAAAAUAUUUAAAAAAAUUGCACAUACAAAUUUUUUAAUUUUCUACAGGUGCAUAUUUCUAGUUAUUUUUUUUUUUUAAUUGAUUUGUUGAAAACAAACAGCAGGAUCAUUAAUUUUCAAAAUCCUGAAUUAUCAUUUCCCAACAAAAAUUUAAUUUAAUUAUCAAGAAAAUUAAUAAUUAUAAGUAUUAAAAUUAUUUUAUCACUAAAAAAAUAAAUAGAGAGUCUGAGUACUGAAAGAGGGCUAGCAAUUAUUUGAAAAACAAAAAUAAGCUUAGUGCCUUUAAAAAAAAAAACGCACUUUAUUGACAAUUUAUAAUAUAUUUUUUACAUAUUAAUAUAUUUGUAUAACUAAAUUGUACAAUUAUACGUUGCAUUUAUUAUCAUUACUCUUA